GCGGCUUGUCGCUGGAGUGGAGCUCCGUCAGAGGACCAGAGAGAGCGUGGUGAGGAAUCCCAGCAGCCCCCCCGGAGAGUGCGAGCCGGACCGGCUGGACCCCCUCCCCCUGCCCCCGGAGGAGGUCCCGAGAGAGAACCACGUUGCCACGGGAGAGGCCUCGGUUCAGGGCUGAAGGAUGUUUACCUCGGUGAAGGCCUUUGAGGGGCAGCAGUACUCCACCCUGAAGAGGCAGUGCCUGCAGAGUGGCCUCCUGUUUGAAGACCCCCGCUUCCCCGCCACUGACGACUCGCUCUUUCACCAAGGCAACAGGAUUGGACGUGUGGUCUGGAAGAGGCCUCAGGAACUGUGUGAGGACCCUCACCUGUUUGUGGAUGGCAUCAGUGCACAUGAUCUACAUCAGGGACAGUUGGGCAACUGCUGGUUUGUUGCAGCUUGUUCCAGCCUGGCAUCCAGAGAGUCUCUGUGGCAAAAAGUCAUCCCGGACUGGAAGGAGCAGGAGUGGGACACAGAAAAGCCUGACUCGUAUGCUGGGAUUUUCCACUUCCGCUUCUGGCGCUUUGGUGAGUGGGUGGACGUUGUGAUUGACGACCGGCUGCCAACAGUAGACAACCAGCUCGUCUACUGCCACUCCAAUGACAGCAACGAGUUCUGGAGCGCCCUGGUGGAAAAGGCCUACGCCAAGGUUUACGGCUGCUACGAGGCCUUGGAUGGGGGAAACACAGCAGACGCCCUGGUGGAUUUUACAGGUGGUGUUUCGGAGCCUGUGGACCUUCUAGAGGGUCAGAUGGCGACAGAUGAGGCGUCUCGUAACCAGCUGUUUGAACGAGUACUCAAGGUCCACAACAGAGACGGCCUCAUCAGCUGCUCCAUCAGGGCGACCACAGUGGAGGACAUGGAGGCUCGGCUGGACUGCGGUUUAGUCAAAGGCCACGCCUAUGCCGUGACAGACGUUCGGAAGGUGCGGCUCGGUCACGGACUGCUGGCCUUCUUCAAAUCGGAGAAGCUGCACAUGAUCCGCAUGAGGAACCCCUGGGGGGAGAAGGAGUGGAGCGGCCCGUGGAGUGACAGCUCUGAGGAGUGGAACAAGGUGAGCAAGAGUGAGAGAGAAAAGCUGGGCGUCACCGUGCAGGAUGACGGCGAGUUCUGGAUGAACUUUGAUGACUUCUGCCAGUAUUUCACUGACCUGAUCCUCUGCCGCCUCAUCAACACCUCCUACCUUAGCAUCCACAAGACCUGGGAGGAGGAGGUGAUGAGGGGGUCCUGGAUUCACCGCCAAGACCCUCUUCGGAACCGAUCCGGAGGCUGCAUCAACCACAAGACCACCUUCCUGCAGAACCCUCAGUAUGUGUUUGACGUGAAGAAGGUGGAGGAUGAGGUGCUGAUCUGCUUGCAGCAAAAAGAGAAGAGAGCCACACCCAAAGAAGGCAAAGGGGAAAAUCUUGCUAUCGGCUUCGAUAUUCACAGGGUGGAACUGAAUCGAAAGUACCGUAUGCACACAGCCCAGCAGAAAGUAGCCGGUUCCAUUUACAUCAACUCGCGCUGCGUCUUCCUGAGGAAGGAGCUAAAGGAAGGUCGAUACGUCAUCAUCCCCACCACCUUUGACCCCGGGCAGCAGGGAGAAUUUCUGCUCCGGGUCUUCACUGAUGUGCCUUCAGAUUGCAAAGAGCUGACUCUGGACGAUCCUCCUCAGACCUGUUGGACAGGGAUGUGUGGCUACCCUCAGCUGGUCACUCAGGUCCAUGUAGUGAGUGCUGAGGGGCUUCAGGGACAGGACACCAACGGAGCUGUGGAUUCUUACGUCAUAAUCACCUGUGAAGGAGAGAGGGUUCGUUCACCAGUUCAGAAAGACACACGUUGCCCAAACUUUGACAUCAAAGGCCUGUUUUAUCGCAAAAAGCCCAAGGAAGCUAUCCACAUCGAGAUCUACAACAAGAACAUGAUCAUGGACACCUUCCUGGGACAGGUGGUCCUGUUCAGCGAGCCCAAUGAGCGGCAGGAGCAGCACACGCUUCACCUCCGUGACAAGGGCAGUCGCCAGGACAACGACAUCCCGGGCAUGCUCACUGUGCGCCUCUUAACCUCCACCACACUCAACAACAUCUGAUGAGCUCGUUACCGAAUCUGGGGAGGCUCACUCAUCUUUCUGAGCUCACUGUCCUUCACUUUGUUUUCCUGCUGUUUCUUUUUGGGGAGUUUUUCAAAAUACCUGCGUCCAUACGUGUAGGGAAAAGGUGCCAUAAGGGUUAUGUUUUAACAAAUUCCUGCUAGAAUAGAAUGGAUAAUGUUAUUUGUUGUCAUAAUAUUAUCUGAAACUGGGCCACUCUACAGGUUUUGAUGCCGGAAAGCUUCAGUUAAAGGGGACCUAUUAUGCAAAAUUCACAUUUUUCAUAUUUUUCUCCUUCUGUUUGGGUCUCAACUGUUUCUAAAAACAGCACAAGCGCUUU